GGGGUGCGGCGCUCACCCGCGCAGUCCCGAGCGGGAGCCCAGGCGCGGGGCGGCCGAGCGGGAGGGAGGUCGGGGGCCGCCGGCGCCGCUGUCCCCGCCCCGCGCGCCCUGCGCCCCACUUCCCGGGCGGCCGCUCGGUGGCUCAGCCCUCCCGCCUCCCCGGGCGCUGUCGGGGACUCGCCGCGAAGCGAGCGGCCGGCCAGUUUCGGCGCGCGCAGGCGGCGGCGGGCCGCGGGCACCGUGCGCUCCGGGAGGGGUGGCCGCGGCUCCGGCCUCGGCGCCCCGCGCGCGCUCCGGCGAUGGCUUCUCCGCCGCGGCGGCGGCUGCGCCUUCGCCCGCGCCGCCUCCUGCUCCUUCUUCCCGGAUUCCUGCUGCCUCUUUGCGGCGCCUUCAACCUCGACGUGGACAGUCCUGCCGAGUACUCCGGCCCCGAAGGAAGUUACUUCGGCUUCGCGGUGGAUUUCUUCGUGCCCAGCGCGUCUUCGAUGUUUCUUCUGGUGGGAGCACCCAAAGCAAACACUACCCAGCCUGGGAUUGUGGAAGGAGGGCAAGUCCUCAAGUGUGACUGGUCUUCUCACCGCGGGUGCCAGCCAAUCGAAUUCGAUGCCACGGGCAACAGAGAUUAUGCCAAGGAUGAUCCAUUGGAAUUUAAGUCCCACCAGUGGUUUGGAGCAUCUGUGAGAUCAAAACAAGAUAAAAUUUUGGCCUGUGCCCCACUGUACCACUGGAGGACUGAAAUGAAACAGGAGAGAGAGCCAGUUGGAACAUGCUUUCUUCAGGAUGGAGCAAAGACUGUAGAGUAUGCUCCAUGCAGAUCAAAAAAUAUUGAUGCUGAUGGACAGGGAUUUUGUCAAGGAGGAUUCAGCAUUGAUUUUACCAAAGCUGACAGAGUACUUCUUGGUGGUCCUGGUAGCUUUUAUUGGCAAGGUCAGCUCAUUUCGGAUCAAGUGGCAGAAAUUGUAUCUAAAUAUGACCCCAAAGUUUACAGCAUCCAGUAUAAUAACCAGUUGGCAACUCGGACUGCUCAAGCUAUUUUUGAUGACAGUUACUUGGGUUAUUCCGUGGCUGUCGGAGAUUUCAAUGGUGAUGGCAUCGAUGACUUUGUUUCAGGCGUUCCAAGAGCAGCAAGGACUUUGGGAAUGGUUUAUAUUUAUGAUGGGAAAAACAUGUCCUCCUUACACAAUUUUACUGGUGAGCAGAUGGCUGCAUAUUUUGGAUUUUCUGUCGCUGCCACUGACAUUAAUGGGGAUGAUUACGCAGAUGUGUUUAUUGGAGCCCCUCUCUUCAUGGAUCGUGGCUCAGAUGGCAAACUCCAAGAGGUGGGACAGGUUUCAGUGUCCCUGCAAAGACCUUCAGGAGACUUCCAGACGACCAAGCUGAAUGGGUUUGAGGUCUUUGCGAGGUUCGGCAGUGCCAUAGCACCUUUGGGGGAUCUGGACCAGGAUGGCUUCAAUGAUAUUGCCAUUGCUGCUCCCUAUGGGGGCGAAGAUAAAAAAGGAAUUGUUUAUAUUUUCAAUGGAAGAUUAACAGGCUUGAAUGCAGUACCAUCUCAAAUCCUUGAAGGGAAGUGGGCUGCUCGAAGCAUGCCACCAAGCUUUGGCUAUUCAAUGAAAGGAGCCACGGAUAUAGACAGAAAUGGAUAUCCAGACUUAAUUGUAGGAGCUUUUGGUGUAGAUAGAGCUGUAUUAUACAGGGCCAGACCAGUUAUAACUGUAAAUGCUGGCCUUGAAGUGUACCCUAGCAUUUUAAAUCAAGACAAUAAAACCUGCCCAUUGCCUGGGACAGAUCUCAAAGUUUCCUGUUUUAAUGUCAAGUUCUGCUUAAAGGCAGAUGGCAAAGGAGCACUUCCUACGAAAAUUAAUUUCCAGGUGGAGCUUCUUUUGGAUAAACUCAAGCAAAAAGGAGCAAUUCGACGAGCCCUAUUUCUCCAUAACCGGUCCCCAGGUCACUCCAAGAACAUGACUAUUUCAAGGGGGGGACAGAUGCAGUGUGAGGAACUAAUAGCAUAUCUGCGGGAUGAAUCUGAAUUUAGAGACAAACUCACUCCGAUUACUGUUUUUAUGGAGUAUCGGUUGGAUUACAGAACAGCUGCUGAUGUGACAGGCUUGCAACCUAUCCUUAACCAGUUCACUCCUGCCAACAUUAGUCGACAGGCCCAUAUUUUGCUAGACUGUGGGGAAGACAAUGUCUGCAAACCCAAGUUGGAAGUUUCUGUAGAUAGUGAUCAAAAGAAGAUCUAUAUUGGAGACGACAAUCCUCUGACAUUGAUUGUUAAGGCUCAGAAUCAAGGAGAAGGUGCCUAUGAAGCUGAGCUCAUCGUUUCCAUCCCACCCCAGGCUGAUUUCAUCGGGGUUGUCCGUAAUAGUGAAGCCUUAGCUAGACUUUCCUGUGCAUUUAAAACAGAAAACCAAACCCGCCAGGUGGUAUGUGACCUUGGAAACCCAAUGAAGGCUGGAACUCAACUCCUAGCUGGUCUUCGUUUCAAUGUACACCAGCAAUCAGAGAUGGAUACUUCUGUGAAAUUUGAUUUACAAAUCCAAAGCUCCAAUCUCUUUGACAAAGUAAGCCCAGUUGUAUCUUACAAGGUUGACCUCGCUGUCUUAGCUGCUGUUGAGAUAAGAGGAGUUUCAAGUCCCGAUCAUAUCUUUCUUCCAAUUCCAAACUGGGAGCAUAAGGAGAAUCCGGAGACUGAAGAAGAUGUUGGGCCAGUUGUUCAGCACAUCUAUGAGCUGAGAAACAAUGGUCCAAGUUCAUUCAGCAAGGCAAUGCUAAAUCUUCAGUGGCCUUACAAAUAUAACAAUAACACUCUGUUAUACAUCCUUCAAUAUGAUAUUGAUGGACCUAUGAACUGUACUUCAGAUAUGGAGAUCAACCCUUUGAGAAUUAAGAUCUCAAGUUCACAAACUGAAAAGAAUGACACAAUUGCUGGGCAAGGUGACCGGAACCAUCUCAUCACUAAGCGGGAUCUCACCCUCAGUGAAGGAGAUGUUCACACUUUGGGCUGUGGAAUUGCUGAGUGCUUGAAGAUUGUCUGCCAGGUUGGACGACUAGACAGAGGAAAGAGUGCAAUCCUGUAUGUAAAGUCCCUGCUGUGGACUGAGACCUUUAUGAAUAAAGAAAACCAGAAUCAUUCAUACUCUCUGAAGUCAUCUGCUUCUUUUAAUGUCAUUGAGUUUCCUUAUAAGAACCUUCCAAUUGAGGAUAUCUUCAACUCCACAUUAGUUACCACUAACGUCACGUGGGGCAUUCAGCCCGCACCCAUGCCCGUGCCUGUGUGGGUGAUCAUUUUAGCAGUGUUAGCAGGAUUGCUGUUGCUGGCUGUUUUGGUGUUUGUAAUGUACAGGAUGGGCUUUUUUAAACGUGUCCGGCCACCUCAGGAAGAGCAAGAAAGGGAACAGCUUCAACCUCAUGAAAAUGGUGAAGGAAACUCAGAAACUUAACUGUGAUUUUUAAGUUAUGCUACAUCCUGACCCAUGAGAGUUACCACCUUCAUCAUAGGUUUCAGUUUCCUUCACAAGGAAUAAAAUUCCAAGACUGUACUGCUGAUGGUGCCUGUUGGUAUUAACCACAAAACAAGAGCAAUAUUUGUCAACCUUUUUCUAAUAAUUAAGUUCAGACAUACAUUUAAUGCACAUCCACUGACUUGCGUUUUUUAGGUAUUUAAAUAAUAAAAUUUCAAUUGAUAGUUCUUCUGUGUACAUAAGACAGGUAGUGCCUGAGUUACCACUUUAUACAAAAUAGUACCUCCUACAAUUACUGUUUCUGAUUUUGUAUGUUGGGUUUUGUUUGUUGUUGUUUUUGUUGUUUCAAAGCAAUCCAUAUUUGGACCUUCGGAUCCACAUCUUUUGUGGAGGAAUAAUAUACAUUACACUACAGUUAGGUUUUUAAGCUUCUAACUUUAUAACUGCAUGAACUUGGAUUUUAAAAUAUUAAACCUACAUGAUAAACUUUAAUAAAAAAAAAAAGCAGAUCCAUCAAAAUUCUUUCCUGGAAUAGCAAAAGUAUAGUAUUUUAAUAUGACAGUUGGGUAGAUGCUAUUACAUUUUUAUUUUUGUUUUAUUCCACAGUCCAUUUCAGUACAUUUGAAUUUGUUGAAGUUUAGGUUCUAGUUCAGAUCCUUUAAGCCAAUCUAUACUAAAAAGUUUAUAAUCAAAAAUGCCUCUUUUGUGUAAUAGUUUAAUUGUCCCUGAUCUAAUGAUGCUUAAAGCCAUAUGCAGUUGGGAAUCCUUUCCAAAGUACAUGUGUUCCAAUGUAUAUGCCUGGAUAUUUACAAUACAACAACAAAAGAAAGCAUUUAAAUUAUAAGAUUCUGUUUGUAGUUCUCUGGUAGAGUUACUUAUUAAUGGUACGCUUUUAGAGCAAGAAUUUUUAGUUGGGAUUAAUUUAUUUUCUUCCUAUAUAUGUAUUUUUCCUUAUAUUUCCCAAACUGUUACUAAGAAUAGGUUGAGAUUAAUGAGGGAUUUUUACAGUUUGCAGGAACCUGCAUCUAAACUCCCAACCCCGUGAGAAACGCUUGGAGUUGAAAUUCUUAAAGUAGUUUACUAGUUCGCUUUUAGCAACAGCAUGAUUCUACUCCUGUGGAUACUACCUUAUGUAAGCAAGGUAUCACGGGUAAAAGCAGUCUUCGCUAUCGAAAUGACUUCUAAAAGUUACUUUUAUAAGCAAUUCAAGUUAUUGGGAGCCUUUUAAAACUUUUGUAGUUUUAUUAACAUAAAUUACUUUUCUAGGAAUUUUUAUAUAAAAGCUGCACAGGUGGCAUGUUAUAGUUUUAUAUGCCUCUAGGGUGAUGAUUUCUUCUAGAGGAAUAUGUGAUUUAUUCACAGUUCCUCAAGGUCUGGGAAUGACUCUUAAUUUUACCUAUUUUGUGCAAUUACAUCAUGUUGUGCUUUAGAAAUUGUGAGUUUAAUAAGUUUUUAACUGCUGUCUUCAUUAGGCAAUGAUAAAUAUUUCCCUUAAAUAAUUGAAUAUUUUUCUAUGCUUUAAAUAUAAUUGAGGUUUACUUUGCCCUAUCUUGUGUUCAAUUCCCUACACAAGUGGCUAAGCCAGAAUAUAUUCAUAAAACAGAGGUACGUGAGUUAUAUAUGUUAGAACAUGACGAGACCCUGUAUUUAGCUUUAAUGAAUUUCAAAAUUAAUAGGUUUUGUAGUAUAGAUUUCAUUAGUAGCUUAAAAGGUCAUAGUCAUAUUCAGUAAGUAUUUUUAUUGCCAGUAAGUCUAAAGUUUUUUAAGAAAAAAAAUAUUUUUAUCCUAGGGUCUGCCACCAGUCACUAAGUUGGUCUGUGACAACUUUCACUUUACCUGUUUUCCCACCUUAUAAUAGUCAUCCCUGAAAGUAUAUGUUGGAUAGAAAUUCACUCUAAAAAAAAAAAUGUUACUGUUUACUUUUGCACAUUCUGCUCCUUUUAUGGCCUCUUUCUCAAGGUAUAAUCUGGUAUGGGAGCUUGAAGGAUGUUGUUGGAAGUAUGAUGUUUUAAAUUCCCUUUAUGAAUUGUAGUUUUAAGCAAUAGUAUUUUAAAAAAUGAAAAUGUAUAUCUUUACAAACAUAUGGUAGAAGUAUAAUUGGGAAGCUUACUCUUCGAGGAAAAUGUUUGGGAAAAUGUUGGGAUUCUUUUUACCCUAAAGCAGCAUGUGAAUGUAUUUGGUUAAAGUGUCAAACAGUAGUUCUAUGAAAGCCGUUUUAAUUUGCAAACAUUUUAAAUACUGCUAUGUUUGUGAUUUCCAUCUUGAGUGUAAAUUUUUUAUAAUCUGAUCAGUUUUUAAAAACAUGAGUGAGGUAGAGGAUAUUUAAAGCAUUUCAUAUUGGUGAAAAAUAUUGAUACUGUUGUUGAUUUCUUAUUUAGGCAUUUAUUUUAGAACUGAUACUUUGAGAAACAUUUGCGUGGGGGACAUUCUUUCCUUUUUUCUUUUCCCCUUUCCUUUUUUCCCCUUUCCCUUUCUCUUGUGCUGAAUUAUGGUAAUAAUUCUGAUACAUUUCUUAAUAAUUCUGAAGUGUAAAACAAUUAAAACAUUAGUGCCACAAUUUUACCUGUGUUAUGAAACUACUACUUCAUAGUAAAUUCUCAUCAAUGCUUCAUAUAAAGAGAAAAGUAAAGUGUUAGGAAAAGAGACUAUACUUAUUAUAAUGGCUUCCUUAAGAGGACUGUGGACGAUUUUUGAGGUUAAUGAUGACCCUAAGAGAGAUGUAAGUGGCAAAAGUACAGUAUGUAAUUCCUCAGCUGCUUUUUAUAAAGCAAACGAUCUGUAAGUUGAUAGAGAUUUCUGUGUUGCAGAGUGUAACACCAAGCUUGGAGAAGAAUAAGUCAUUCUUGGAAUACAUGUGUAGGACCAUUGCCAAUCUUAAUGCCACUUUGUAAGUGCUCUUAGGUAGUGUGUAUAUGGGGUAGUUUGGUAAAUUAAAAAAUGCAAAAUUCAGAAAUUGAAUAAAGGAUCAAAAAUGGCCAAUGAAAUAACUUAACGCUCUGGUUUUUGGAGAGUAUCCCUUUUAACUUGUUGGUAGGCUAGGUUGAACAGUGAACCUAUGGACAUGUAACAUGCGUAUAUGCGUAUAUUUCAUUGUAAUUUCUGAUAGAUAAUGAACUUCUUGGGAGAGGUACCAAGUCCUGGAUUUUUGAAUUAUUGAUCUCAAGUGCAAUAUAACAAUGUAACCAAACCUAGAUAAUUUCAGAGUCAUUGUUAAUUUAGUAAACCUAAUCUAAAUAGAGACUCAGUAAUUUUUUGAUUAGUAGGAAGGAGUAAUUCUGCUAUGGAUAUACAAAUGAAGUUAUUUACCCCUAAAAGGUACAUUCUACAUUUUAUUUCAAGCUGGGCAUGAGCUAUUCCCUACUAGUUUUGAAAUUCUUUGAAAUAUCUCAAAGUAACUUGGAAGCUAUGUAUAUCAAAUUAACUUGCUAUCUAAUAACAUAGAAUGUAAUUUUCUUUGUUAAGCUUCUCUUAUGAUCACCCACAUUGGGUGAGACAUAAAAUGAGCGUCUUCUAAAAUUUGUCAUUUGCUGACUUGAUUUGAGUUAGUGAAAACUGGUACAGUGUUCUGCUUAGUUUCCAAUGUGUAACUUGUGUCUGUUCAAUAAACUUGAGCAUAUGGUGCCA